AUGGCCAUCACGAGGAGUCGACUUGUCGGUCGUGGCUCCUACUCGAAGGUGUACAGCGGCCGGCGAGGCGACGGCCAGGAGGUGGCGCUGAAGGUCAUCUCCGAGAAGGUGAAGAGCGAAUACGUGCUGCGCUUCCUGCCCCGCGAGAUCGUCAUCGUCAAGCAGCUCAACCACCCCAACGUCGCCCGUGUUUAUCGGGUGUACCAACUGGAGCGCGAGCAGUCGACCGUGCUCGAGACGGAGUUCUGCGCCAACGGCGACCUGCUCGACAAGAUCAAGAAGAAUCACCACCUGUCGGAGAAUGAGGCGAGGCCCGUGUUUCGGCAGCUGAUCGAGGCGUUAAAGUACCUGGAGAGCCAAGAGAUCGUACACCGGGAUCUGAAAUGCGAGAACAUCUUCCUCGAUGCCAACGACAACGUGAAGCUCGGCGAUUUUGGGUUUUCGCGCGUGCUGAAGAAGGGCGAGAAAUCGGACACGUUCUGCGGCUCGAAAGUGUACGUGGCGCCCGAAAUUUUGCGAGCCCGACGCUACGAGGGGAAUGCGGUGGACAUCUGGAGCUCAGGUAUCGUGCUGUACAUCAUGGUGACCGGGGUGAUGCCGUACGAUGAGCGGAACAUGAAGAAGAUGGUCGAACGUCAGUUGACGCACAAGAUACGAUUCCCGACCUCGCCGGAAGUGAGCAACACGGUGCGCCAGCUGCUCUACGCCAUCCUCCAUCCCGAACCGAAGAGCCGCAUCAGCUACAACGACAUGAUCGAGCACGACUGGCUCAAGGAUACGCCGUAUCGCAUGAAUAAGGACGACGACUUCAAAGCCCUGCUCCCCACUCCUGACGCCGAAAAAAUGCAGGUACCGAACAGUAUCGAGGACGCGCCACUCAUC